AUGCAGUGGAUGAUGGACAGUUGGAGGGCGACCGUGUGGUUUGCCCAGGGCUACAGGCACUACAUGAAGGAAGGCUUCCUUGCCAAGCAACAGGGCUGGGACCCACACGAGCUCGACAAGGACCUCUCCGGCAAAGUGUUCCUCGUCACUGGUGCCAACAGCGGGCUGGGCAAGAGCACCGCCACGACGCUGGCCCGGAAGGGCGGCAAGGUCUACAUGCUCUGCCGCAACCAGGAACGAGGAGAAGAGGCACGUAAGGAGAUCAUCAAAGAAACGGGCAACGAGGACGUCCACCUCGAGGUCGUCGACAUCUCCCUCCAGUCCUCCAUCCGCUCCUUCGCCAAACGCUUCGAAGACAGUGGUGAGCGUUGCGAUGUGCUCAUCAACAACGCCGGCGUGCUGCUCUCCGAGAGGAGCGAGACCAGCGAGGGCAUCGAGACCACCUUUGCCACCAACAUGCUCGGGCCGUUUCUGCUGACCAAUUUGAUGCUGCCAACGCUGGAGAAGUCAGCGCCGUCGCGGGUCAUCAUCGUGUCCUCGGGCGGCGCGCUCACACAGAAGAUGGACCUCUCCGACCCCCAAUUCACCCGGGGCAAGUGGGACGGCUCCCGCGCCUACUCCCAGACCAAGAGGCAAGAGAUCUACCUGACGGAGGAGUUCGCCAAGCGGGAGGGGCAUCGAGGCGUGCGGUUCUUCGCGAUGCACCCGGGCUGGGCCGACACUCCGGGCGUGCAGACCUCGCUGCCGGGCUUCCACGCCAAGUUCAAGGACUCCCUGCGCUCGAUGGACGAGGGCGCCGACACCAUCAACUGGCUCGUCAUCUCCGACGCCGUCAUGACGGCGGCCACGAGCGGUGAUGACGACGAGCGCAAGGCCAAGGGCAAGGCCAAAGCCAAGGACUACGACGAGUACAACGGCAAGUUCUUCUUCGACCGGGAGGUGGCGUCGCCGUUCAUCCCCACCAGCCGCACGCACUCAUCGCCCGAGGAGGUCGAAGAGCUGUGGCAGCUGUGCCUGCGCAUGAUCCAACCGGCCAGCAGCUGA